AUGGCCAAGUUUAAGGAUCGCCAAGGCAGAUCGCUCUUUGGGAUUCUGUUUGCUGUUCCAAAUGCCACUGCGGCCGUUCCGACGAUCAUAGCAGUCGCAGUUGCCGCAUCCUGCAUCUCCCUCUACACGUCGAGUCAGGAAGGAGUCGCAAACAACCUCGGUCUCGGAACGGCAGGAAUGCUCCUCUACGCCACCCUGAAACUCCUCCACUCGCUGCUCGAAUACGUCAACAGCGUCCUUGCGACUGAUCUGGUUGCGAAAUCCUAUCAAAAUGCAGUUCGUGUCUUCUACGACGAAUACAGCAACCUGAAAUAUGUUGACUUCAUGCGAAUUGGAGUCGGUGCCAUCCAAUGCUCCAUCACACGUAGAUCAGGCGCACUGAUCAAAUUCCUCCGAAUUCUCACUCUUCGAUUUGUGAUCAACCUGAUCUACCUCGGCGUGAUUGUGAGCAGAUUGGCCCUGUACAUUUCACUGGCCACCUUUGCCAAGGCAGGCGGCGUCCUCCUCGCCUUCUUCCUCGCCCUCUCGCUGCUUCAGAUCAGACGAGCCAGACUGAGACGACUGAUCAAUGACGCAACAAACAAGAACAGCCAGAAGCUGCUUGACGUCCUCAUCAACUACGAGCGAGUCAGAAGCUACUGCAACGAGGAGACUGAGCUGAUGAAGUACCGCGUGGCCAUGGAUGAGAUGGUCUACUACAGGCAGAUCUACGAGGUGCUCUACGUCCUGAUCGCCUACUUCACCACAGUUGCGUUUCUGAUGGUCUUCGUCACAAUCUACUACUCGCUGAACUACCACGAGAGGAUAUCACGGAUCCAACUUGAGGAAGUGAUCUUCACCUCCUUCAAAAUGAACAACGUGGUGGUGUCGAUUCUCCAGGACAUGAAUUCGGUCUACACGAGCUACUUCAACUUCACUGCCUCCGGAAUCGAGGACGUCCAGGUCGAGGAGGCCGAGGCAGACGCAGCCAAAUUCAGGCUCCACCGCCUCACAGACCGAAUUGACGUCAUCAACCUGAAUCUCCACUUUGGAAGCAGCAGAGUCCUCAAGAACGUGAAUUGCACAAUCAGGCGGGGUGAGAAAAUUGCAGUUUGUGGGCCCAGCUCAGCCGGAAAGACCGUCUUCCUUCGAACUGUUCUGGGGCUCUAUCCGUACAGGGGCGCCGUGAUAUUCGACGGCUACGAGCAGAAGCAGAUUCAGACGAGCUCGCUUCUGGCGAAUAUCGGAUACAUCUCACAGGAGACGCAGAUAUUCGACACGACCAUCAUGGACAACCUGAAGAUGGGGGAGAGCAGUCUCAGCGACGAGCACGUCAUGAAGUGCUGCAAGCUGUUCAGGCUCCACGGCCUCUUCAAGGAACUCGGCUACGACACGCCUGUUGGGUCACUGGGAAACAGGCUGAGUGGGGGCCAGAAGCAGAAGCUGGUUUUCAUGAGGACGCUGUUGAAGGCAGCACCGCUUCUGCUUCUCGACCAGGCUACGUCGGCAUUGGACAUUCAGACAGAACGCUUCUUUUUGGAGUCACUCAGAAUCUACCUGGAAAAUGUGACUGUUUUGGCAUCGGUGAAGAAUGUCCUGGUUCUGCCUGAUUUCGACAGAAUCUUCUACUUCGAAGAGGGGCGUCUGGCAGCAGAGGGCUCAUUCGACACGCUUCUCAGCGACUCAGUCGACUUCUCAGUCUUCUACAAGAAGUCACUUUCUGAAAUGAAUAAAAUGUAA